AUGUCUAAGAGCGAUCGUUUUGACCAGCUGCCAGAAACCACCCCGAAAUCUAGCGAGCUCAAGAUCAACAUCGCGGGUUUCCACACUUACAUCUACGGUGCCGAUGAGCUAUCCCCGCAGCAGGCGAAGAACACUGUGGUUUUGUUCCACGUCCACGGCCGCACGAGAACUUACAAGAAUGCGGAGCUCUUUGCUCAUCAAUUCCUUCACCAGAUGAGACAGCAUGGAGAGUCGAAGAAGGGCUUCGUCGUGGUAACCUUUGAUAAUCGCAAUCAUGGCGAACGAGCGGUAUUUACACCCCCCACCCCCACCCCCUACCGCCCUUCGUGUCGACAACCGCAAAUAACUAACAAGAGACUGCAGAUUGACAAGAAGUCGAUUCAAAGCUGGAAGGGAGGAAAUGAGAAACAUGCGCACGACAUGCUAGCUAUGAUAGACGGCAUCGCUCUUGAUAUCCAAACCGUGAUGAGAUUCCUCGGAGUCUACGUGGAAGAUCGAUUUACGCCAAUUGAAUUCGUGAUGUCAGGCCACUCGCUCGGUGGACAUACUUCCUGGAAUAUCCUUGCCCAGGAGCCCAAAAUCAAGGCUGCCAUCAUCAGCGUCGGCUGUCCCAAUAUGACCGACCUGCUUCAGGAUCGACUUGGCGGGAAAGAUGUCGUUGAUCCGGUCAGAUGGCCUGACUCGAUUUCAUCAAUGUUCCGAAAGCGCGAUGAAGAUGUCUCGAAGAUCACGGAUAAACAGGUUCUGAUUUUGAAUGGCGCUCUCGAUACCCUUGUCCCGAGCAAGUUUACUAAGCCCUGGGUUGAGAAUUAUGGUCAACAGAAUGACGUGUCUUUGAAUGUUUUUGAGGAGACGGGUCAUUGGUUUUCGCUUGAGAUGAUGGACAAAGUUGUUGACUGGGUCCUUCAGAAGAUCGCUUGA